AUGGAUCGUUUUGAGCGGUUACUAUGUUAUACCAUUGGGUCUGUUGUUGUCCGCGGUCGUUACGCUGGUAAGAAAGUUGUCAUCGUUAAACCACACGAUGAAGGUUCUAAAUCCCAUCCAUUUGGCCACGCUUUAGUUGCCGGUAUUGAAAGAUAUCCAUUAAAGGUUACCAAGAAGAUGGGUGCUAAGAAGGUUGCUAAGAGAACCAAGAUUAAGCCAUUCGUCAAAGUUAUCAACUAUAACCAUUUGUUGCCAACUCGUUACACCAUGGAUGUUGAAGCUUUCAAGACUGCUAUCUCCACUGAAACUUUUGAAAACCCAACCCAAAGGGAAGAAGCUAAGAAAGUCAUCAAAAAGGCUUUUGAAGAAAGACAUCAAGCUGGUAAGAACCAAUGGUUUUUCAGUAAAUUGAACUUCUAA